UUAACACAUGUUAUAGAUCCUGCUCCAUGUUUUUUCCAACUUUGGGGUUAACUUGCUUAAACAGGUGAGGAUAUUGUUAGUUUUGAAUAUAAUUUAACCUUCACACCUUUAUGUUCAUCCUGUAAUGUUAGCGCUCUGUUCACUUCAUCAGUUUGCCCGACCAGCACAAAUACUAGAGUCAUACACAUACACUAGAAUCAGACCUCUCCUUCUUGGAUUUGCUCCUAUCUCAUGUUUCCUGAUCACCUCUGUUUUUGUGUCAACACUGUAUCAAACCAUAAUCCGGAUGUUUUUGAUAGUCUGUUGCUUACUGAGACAGAUUUUUCAUGCUCACGCCCUGCUUCACACCCUGUAAUGAUACAGAUUGAUGAACGGCUCCACAAAAACGCCCACCACAGCUCUGGGUCGCCACCUGACAGACGUACUGGUGUUGUUGGGUCAGGCCAUGUUCACUAAUUUAACGUUGUGCACAUGUCACUGACUCCUUGAUGGACUGCUCUGCUGCGUGACAGACAUCAGGAGUUUUUAUUUUUUUUUCUCAAAGGGACGAGGGGCUUCAGGGAGUGGGAGGAGGAGGAGGAAAAGAGGAGGGGUGACGCUUGCAUGCGGUGAUGUUCUCUGUGAUCACCCUGGGUAACUAACGCUCCGGAUUCAUCAUCCGACGAUCUCACGAGGCGAUCAGGUAUAUAAGCCGGGGCACACUGUUCUCCAUAAAACAAAUUCAUACCUCAAGAAGUUGACCUCAGUUUAUCACCAAAGAAAUUGUGCCUUGACCGACUCCCCUAACCCCAGCAUGCUGCCCGGGAGAGAAGCUGCUGUCCGGCAGUGCGUGCUGACGAGUCCCUGGCUGCCCGCGGCUCUGGUGCUGCUUCUGGUGCUCUCCUCCAGCUUCACCCGUGCUCACAGCACCACGGUGGAGCACGACUUUCACAUCGUUCACAACGUAGACAACAGAAGUCCAGAGAUAGACCCGUUCUGGUAUGUGGGCCGUGGGGUGCGACCCAUAGGGCGCUUUGGGAAGAGGCACAGCAGCGUUGACGCACUGGGAAACAGCGGGAUGCAGCCUGUCCUCAGGACUUUGGAGCUGCUGCUCAACAGCCUCAGAAAUAAGGAAAACCUUGGAAAAGUAAUCGGUGGAGAAGAAAACGAUUGGUUGCCAUGAUGCCGUGUUCUCACCUUCUGUCCACAAACAUUUUUUUAUGCUCUUAUAUGAAGCUGUAAAUUUGUGUUCUUUUAAUGUGCAAGCUCUGAGGUUAGUCAUGCGUGCAGAACUCAUUCUCCAAAAAGUAUCUGUAUAUAAAACAAUGCAAAGUAUAUUGAUUAAUAAAUAAGGAUGAUGUUGGGAUAUCAGAGAA